AGAACACUCGAGUUCGCCGGGAAAUAAGGCGACGUGGUAUUAUUCCUGGAAAAGAACUACGUUAAAUUCUAUUGAUUUUGUUCUUUUAUACUCUAAGACUACUUGCUGGUGUUAUAUAAGAGGCAAUGGCCUCAGAUUUAAGACUUACGGACUUACUGGAUCGUGACAGACUGCCAGAUGGUGGAGGACUGUUGCUGCUUUUGUUAUAUUUUCCAUGUGGCUUCUUUCUUAUGAUAUUUAGAAUCUUCUUUGGACUUCAGCUCAUUCUUAUGUUGACAUUGUUACCCAAAGGGUCAUUGAUAAGGAGGAUUCUUCUCAGAGUAUCCUGUACCAUAUUAGGUAUUGUUGUGACUCAAGAAGGAUUUGAAAAUUAUAAUAAAGAUGAGCAUAAGCUUGUUGUUAGCAACCAUGUUUCAACCCUGGACAAUGUUGCCAUAGAAACAGUACUUCCAAGUGUUAUGCCAUACAGCAGAUGUGAUUGUCCAUGGCUUUUAAAGUGGGUCCUAGGGUAUCAAGAAGUAAGUGCUGACAAACAAAGAGAAGAUGUAGAUGGCAAGAUUAAGGAGUAUUUACAGGGGUCUGACUUUCCUCUUUUGGGAUUUCCAGAGGAACAAAUAACCAAUGGAAGGAGAGGCCUUCUAAAAUUCAACCCAUGGUGUUUCCAAUUUAGCAGCACUAUAUUACCUGCAUUAAUCAGUGUGAGACGCCCUCUUCCUGUUCCAAUACCUCCUCAUGUUUUAGGAAGUGGUUGGUGGCAGGACUUGUCGUGGUCUUUGUUUGUUCCAUAUACACUGUACAAUAUAAGAUUUCUUCCACCAGUAAAAUCCAAAGCAGAAGACAUUUCCAGUGAUGUACAGAAGCACAUGGCUAGUUCCUCUGGGCUAAUGCCAACGGGCUUCACAGCUCAGGAUGUAAAGGACCUAGAAGCAGUUCAAGCAAAUCCCCAAUCUCAGGAACCUAAGUCAGCCCCAAAUGGAAGCACCCCUUCUAGCCAACCCCCUAGAAGUACAAGUCCAAACACAAGGCUGGCAAGAAUGGUACAGCAGGUUAGGGAGGUACUUCCACAGGUUCCAUCUUCAGCUAUAUCAAGAGAUUUGAGUCAAACACACUGUGUUGAUACAACCAUCACCAAUAUUUUGGAAGGAAGAGUCAUCUACACACCAGAGAAAGAAGCUAAGUCAGAUAACGAAGUGAAGAGUGCCUCUUUAGGAAAUUCUAAAGAAAAAACUCCAACUACUCCACAAAUAAUAUUUUCACGAAAUUCAGAGGAAAGGCAGAGACUUCUAAAUCAAAGGAAAGCACAAAUGCUUGAGAAUGCAAGAAGGCGCUUUAGGGACAAUCAGCUUUAAGACUAGUGAUAGCAAUCAUGAUAAUGUUGAGUUUCUUGGAAGCUAACCUGUCUGUGUUUUCCUCAAUAUAUGUUGGUUUGAGCAGAUUAUCCUAGUCCCUAGCUUUGUUUUGAAGCUUUGGGUUCAAAUUAAUUGUUCAUAAUAUAUAGCACAUUUAUCAUCCAUAAUUACUAUAUUUGUCUUCCUGAUAGUUUGUACCACCAGAUGUUGGGUAUAUGUUUUCCUCCCCCAUUUCUGACUUCUCACCUGUAGCUUUGUUUAUUGUAUGCUAGAAGUAUAUUGAGUUAUGCUAGUUGAUAUUUAUGAGAAAAAAAUGCCUUAACUUUUAUAUGAAGUAAUUUAUGAAAUGCUCCCACUUAUAGUGGGUCACACAAAAUCCAGAAUGGUGCACAAAGGUGAAUUUUAGGAUAAAGUUUGUAGUGUACUUGAAUUAUGUUUACUUGACAUUAUUGCUGGGUUAUAGACUGUGAGAUAGACAUUGGAAUGUAUAUUACUGAAUUGGGAAAAAAUAGCAACCUACUCUAAAGCAACAUGCUGGGUAUGACUAAAAGUAUAUUUUGAGACUUCAAUAUAACAUUGUAAGAAUGCAUAGACCAACACCAACUUUUACUAGAAUAUUCAUAUUUUUAGUUUUUUAAUAGAUAUCAGGCACAUGCAGUGUAAAUCCCCAAUUGGGGCUCAAAUGUAAUUUUGUUGGGAAGAGAGCCAACCAGCCAUCAAAAGUUCUUACAAUUAAGAGGGUGAAUGGGGUUGUCUAUUGUUAAUAGAUAGUCCUAUCAAUAAUAAUUGAUAUUCCUUAGAGUAACUGGGGUAUGAAUGUUUGUAGCAACAGGUUUAAUUAAUCGCUACACGUAUGUUUUGAUGAAAAGUGAAAGCUUCUAGUGCAGAAAGAAGGCAGGCCUAAAAGUAUACUUAGUUGAGUUUGAGAAACAAAUGAAUGCAUAACCUAAAAUUUCAAGCUAUUAUUGGAUGUUAUGAUGUUAACUUGAAGCACAUUUUUUUCAAUCAAUCAGCACUGCGUCUUUUUCCAGUGUUGCUUUCUAAUUGCUCCCAAGUUGAGUUCUCACAAAUUCUUGAUUGUUUUACUGUGGAACCCAACAAACUCACUGGUUUUAUUUCAAUUGAUAAAUUAAUAAUUUGAUCCAGUAGAAAAGGAGCCCAUGUUGCAGGUAAAUACAAAUGAUAAAUUAAAAGUUUUAAGUUAGGAAUGGUACCGGUACCCAACUCUAGCUGGUAUACUGCCAUCAAGGUAGACAGUCAUAUAAUGUAACUUGCAUAUAAUAAAACAUCUCAUAAGCAUCUGUUAGAGCUCAAAAUAACUAUUAGCCAAUUUAUAAGAAGAUUAAAUUGAAAUAAAAUGAAAACCAAAGGGCCUCUUUUUGUCAAACCAAAAAGUGAUAUGACAAAUUGAUUUUUCCUAGGAAUAAAAGUUCUGUCAUUUGUUGACUUUAGUUUUUAGUUUUCUUUACCCUGAAGUACACCACAAAUCUUGACAAUCACAAGGUUUUGACGAGAAGCAGUAAGUUAAUCUGGCAACAUUGUAAAUCCACUAUUUUUAGUAAGACUUAACUAAUAAGUAGUAAUUAACUUCUAGCAUAACACUAGUAGCUUAAUAUUUACUGUGAGAAUUCUAUAAUUUGCAUAUUUAUUCCCUGUCUGUUGUUAAUAAAGUACAGUCCUAUGAUUGAGUAA